CGGGGCAGUGGGGGCGUGGCCGCACCCGGAAAUGGGCGUGGCCACGUGACCCGCGAGUCACGUGACGCGGCGAAGAUGGCGGCGCUGAGGGCGAUCGGGGCGUCCCGCGGCGCCCCCGCCCUGCGCCCCUCCCCGGGGCAGCGCCGGGAGGGCUCGGGGGGGCUCCGGGCACACCUGGACAGGUGGGCGCAGCGCCUGGGCGCCGUCGCAGGUUGGGCCCAGCGGUGGCGGCUGCAGAACGUCAACGCGUACCCCCAGUCCCCCAGGGACACCUUUGGGGACGAUGUCGCAGCCGCCGAGUUCACUUUGGCCUGCGGGGGGGGGGGCAGGUUUCUGGGGCAGCAGCGCUGGAUCCGCCCCGGGAGCCGCUCGGAGCUGCCCCGGCUGCGGCACCUGCCCGUGGUGGGCAUCGACCUCAGCGGGACCCCCAUCACCUACCGGGGGCUGGACAACCUGGUGUCCCUGUCCCACCUGUCCCACCUGGACCUCUCAGGAUGUCCCCACGUGUCCGAUUGGGCCCUGGGCCGGCUCCACGUCUUUGGGGCCACCCUGCAGCACCUGGCGCUGGCCCGGUGUCCCCAGGUCACCGAGCGGGGCCUGGCCACGCUGCACCACCUCAGGGAGCUGCGGUCCCUGGAUGUCUCCGGGCUCUUGGUGCCCAGCCCGGGGCUGCUCCGGGCACUGCUGGAGGAGGCGCUCCCGGGGUGCCGGGUCCUGGGAAUGGCCGAGCCCGGGGCCCCCCUGGGACCCCCCCAAAAAUAAAUCCCUUCUUUUUCUGUG